UAUCAACCCUGUAGGAAGUUCCAAAGUGAAAACUUUUGAUAAAUUAUCAGCACAAGCAGGAGGAUCCAUCAGCAUCCCGUGUUUCUAUGGUGAGGAGCACAGAGAAGGUGUGAAAUCCUGGUGUAAAGGUAAAGACACGUCAUCCUGCAGCUCAGAGACACGCAGUGACUCCCUACCGGCCAUGAACAGAGUGUUCAUCACUGAUGAUCCCCAGAACUUUCUCUUCAUUGUGACCAUGAGGAACCUGCAGCACAUGGAUUCUGGCUCUUAUUGGUGUUGUGUGGGUGAUGGAUGCAGAAGAUCUGAGGAUUCCUCUGGGAAACUGGAGCUGUUGGUUUCUACAGGGGUUAAGGAUGUGAGGACUGUGAGCUGGGUCUCUGCAGAGAGAGGAGGAUCUGUCACCAUCCCAUGUUACUAUCAUGAACAUCAUCAAUCUGAAGUGAAAUCCUGGUGUAGAGGAGAUGUAUGCGGCUCCAGAUUAGCACAGUGUGACCGGGGACAGAGUGGAGGGACUGUGUCAAUUACUGAUGACCGUCACCAAAGUGUAUUUCAUGUGACCAUGAGGAACCUGCAGGAGGAGGAUUCUGGCUCUUACUCAUGUUGUGUGGGUGGCAGUUUCAAAGCCUCUCUGGCCCUGAUAGUCCGGGAAGGUAAGAUGUUGUUAAUAUACAGUGAGGACCUGACAGUCACGGAUUGAAUGUGUAUCAGAAAAGUUUUCCCACUAAAGAUUUUCAUUGGCGUCUUUCAUUCAGUUAAUACAGUCAGUGUCUGCAACGCCUCCUUUGUAUUGAUAGGAGCUUCCUUUGUAUAUAUAUCAAUGUAAAAAGCAGCUGAGGUCUGGUGGUACAAAAGCAGACUGUAGUGAAUCAGACGCUGGCUGUUUAACCUGCAUCCCUGCACUGUGUGUCUGUUUGUGUAUUUACAUUUAGUGCUGGUGCCACAUUCUCAGUCUUCAUUUAUAUUGAACUAAU